UCCCAAUCAAGGUCACGACAAGUCCAAAAGCUGCAGCUAUCGUCCAAUCCAUUGGAUGAAGUGAGGGAAAUCAUCAUGUUGCCUGAAUUUCAGAAGUGUGGUGCGGUGGACGCUGAGAAAGUAAAGAUACCUGCGGAUGCCAUCAAGGAGCUGCAUCACCUCGUCAGCGUCAUUGCUUACAAAUACAAUGACAAUCCUUUCCACAACUUUGACCAUGCAAGCCACGUUGUAAUGAGCGUGGUAAAGUUGAUGAGCCGAAUAAUUGCUCCUUCUCACCUGGAUCAAUCUGACAAGGCAGCGGCUUCCAGGCUUCACGACCACACAUACGGUAUCACUAGUGACCCUCUUACACAGUUCGCCUGUGCGUUUUCGGCAUUGAUUCAUGAUCUUGACCACUCUGGUGUUUCCAAUGCCCAGCUAGUCAAAGAAGGUUCAGAGCUUGCAACGAAGUAUGAAGGCCGAAGCGUGGCAGAACAGAACUCCCUGGACCUAGCCUGGGAUCUUUUGAUGCAGUCUGACUUUGAGAACCUAAGGGCCUUGCUGUUCAAAGACGAGUCGGAUCUUGUUCGAUUCCGUCAACUCGUCGUGAAUGUAAGUUGUUACAUGAGCUAUGCAGCCCAAGCAAUGGCUGCCAUUGUGCAGCCCCCCCUAACCGCUCUUUGCACAUUCUCGGUUUCCUUUUUCGCAACCCCAGGCGUCAUGUCCACGGACAUUGUAGACAAAGAGUUAAAAUCCUUGCGGAACGAUCGUUGGGAGAAAGCGUUCAAGUCUGGCAACACCCGUGAUUCCACCAACGCCAUGGAUAUGAGUAUAAGCAACUGGAGCCGGCAAGAGGAAGCUCGAGACGAUGUGAACCGGAAAGCUACCAUCCCACACAAUGCACAUUGGCAGUCUACAGAUGGAACAAACUUGUUUGAAGAGCUUUACGUGGCCUACCUGAAAGGACGAAUGGACAAGGACCCUGCAACUUUUUGGUACCAGGGAGAGUUUGGAUUCUUUGACUUCUAUAUCAUCCCUUUGACACAAAAACUCAAGGACUGCGGAGUUUUUGGCGUUUCCAGUGACGAGUACCUUAACUAUGCCAAGAAGAACCGAGAGGAAUGGGAGACACGAGGGGAAGAGGUAGUGGCGGAAAUGGUUGCCGCCGCUCGGGAAAAGUAUGGCAUCAAAGCUGCGGAUGGCAGCAUCGUCCGUGCUGACCAGGAGCAAGCGCUUCCGCAGGAGGACAAGCCGGUUACCCCGGAGAUCGAAUGCUAG